AUGCCUCGCACACGGAGGUCAAAUCGCCAAUCAGGCCCCCGGACCAAAUACACUAAUGAUCCCUUCGAGAUCGCCGGGGUCAGUGACGAGUCCAACGCAGAAGACGCCAACCCCUCUCGAGUCAAGGGCAAGCGCGUAGCCACCUCACCGCCGCAAGAUUCGUCGUCUGAUGAAGAGUUCAAAGAUGACGGCAAUGGCCGGGAAGAGAACUCAGAUGAAAAUGAGGACGACGACGAUGAGGAGAUGAUUCCAGACGAAGAAGAUGACGAGGAUGAUGCCAGCGGCUCCGAUGGAGAUGCCAUGUCGAUUGACGGCGAAGACGCCCGUGCUGGUCCUGGCAAAAAGAACCAGAAGAAACCCCUUGCGGCUCAGCCAACCCGCCCCAAACAGCGGAAUCGGGGUCCCGCGAUGCCCGCUCCAGGAGAGACGCAUUCGCGGGGAGUCUGGAAUCCUUCCGAGCACGUGGGUAAAGUGGAGCAUCUUCGAGUGACGUACGGCACGGACGAGAGGGAUCUCUUAAAUGUCGUGCAUGCGCGAGACCAGUGGUCUGGGGGCGCGGACUCGACCGUUCCCACUCGCUCCUCUUUGAAUCGCGCUCAGAAAGCGUCCGGGUACAAGUAUGGACUGACCUUUGGGGCUGAGCCGGAGGAUAUGAAGAGGGAGAGAACUCGGGGCUGGGACUGGUAUUAUGCCGAUGAUAUCGGGGAGAGGUUUAGAAAGCGACAGCGCAUUGCGAAGACCUCCGAGGACGAGGCGCGGGGAGUUUAUAUGCCUCUUCCAAAGGAGCAGGACCACACGAUUCUCAUUGGACCUGUCGAUGGUGAUCAGAGUCGGUUUCAGUUGGCACAACACGAAUCGCUCAACUUUGGGGAUGCGUGGGAUGAGGGCAAAAGUUCCGCGCGUCCCAAGAAAAAGAAAAGACAGGGCUGGAUUAUCAAUCUGGGACAGAGGAUUAAGAACAUGGCUUGGGCGCCCAACCAGCCGGGCCUGACGCAGUAUCUGACCGUGGCUGCUCCAAUCCGAGAGGAACAAAAGAAAGCGUAUGGCGAUCCGUCGAAAUCCAGUGCGCCUGCAUUCACCCCCUCGCCUCCCUAUCCGUGUGCUUUGCAGCUUUGGAUGUUCAAGGCUGCGAAAGAGGAGAGCUUCACAAAAACAUUAGAUAUGACAUUUAAGCCAAGAUUACGGCUAGCCCUAUGUACCGAUUGGGGGGAUCUGAAAAGGAUGGCCUGGUGCCCCAUGGCUCGAGACCCACGGGAUGAAGACGAGGAAGAUGACUUGAGGAACGUCGGACUUUUGGCGGGUAUAUGGGGAGACGGGUACCUUCGAGUUAUUGACGUCAAAUUGAGUCGGAAUCCAACUAAGACGGAAUUCCUCAAGGUGCAAUCCCCCGUAUUCGAAGCCAAGGCUCCUUCGACUGUGGGCACCGCUUUAACAUGGCUCUCACCCAGCGACAUCGCCGUUGGCUGUGCCAAUGGCUUCGUGGCUGCCUGGAGUAUAGCGCCUAUUCAAGCAUCUCAAGCACCCCCAAACCCCCUUCCUUUCUUCUACCAACCAAUUCAUUCGACCUAUAUUCUCACGAUAGCAUCGAGCUACCCAACAAACCCCCACUUACUAGCUACUACGUCCAUGGACGGUGAGACGCGUCUAUGGUCGCUCAUCGACCAUAACAAGAACAUGGUUGAAACAAACCGCAUGAGAGUCGGAUCGGCCCACCUAUCAUACUCGCCCAUGCUGCAGGCAUUCGUCUCCGGCGAUGAAAACGAUUUUGCCCGGCUAUUGGCGGUGCGUCGCUUCUUCACCACAAGCGCCAUAGCCAGGCUUCAAAGCACCAUUACUGCCCUGGCACCCUGCAGCUCCUGGCAUCCAAGCACCCUCUACGGGAGUGCUGGCGGUUCCGUGGUUGCGACCAACCCUUUGAAGCGAGUUUUACAUCCCAAGGAGAAACAAUUGCAACAGACCUGGUUCACGCACGAAUGGGUGCGAGGCACCGAGGCCGACAGUCCCGGAACCAGUCGCUUCUUCGACGGAUUCCUCGCCGAAUCCGCCAGCUUGCUGCGCAACAUGUCUGGGGAUCGUAAGAUGAUGGACGGAACCAUGAUCAUUACGCUCUACGACGAAGAAACGCACGUUACGUCGAUUUCGUGGAACCCCAACCAGGCGUGUGCGGGAUGGGCCACUGCCGCCGUCGGUUGCGGUCUGAUUCGGAUCGAAGACUUAGCUAUGUAA